AUGGCCCAGGAAGGCCAAAAGGUGAGCUUACAUGUGUAUGAUUUAAGCCAAGGGCUAGCUCGGCAGAUCUCAAGUUCCUUUCGCGGGAAGCCUAUUGAAGGAGUAUGGCACACUGGUGUAGUUGUAUAUGGUAAUGAAUACUAUUUUGGUGGUGGUGUACAACUGACUCCUGUUGGAACGGCGCCGUAUGGGACUCCACUUGAAGUGAUUGAUCUUGGUGUCACCAAAGUUCAAAAGGACGAGUUCGAAUCAUAUCUAAAGAAGAUAAGUCCGCGCUAUACACAAGAAACAUAUAAUAUAAUGAAGCACAACUGCAAUCACUUUAGCAAUGAAGUUGUGCAGUUUCUAGUGGGAACCACCAUCCCGGAGUACAUCCUCAACCUCCCUAAUGAAGUCGCCAACAGCCCACUCGCCCCUUUUAUGAUGCCACUGAUAAAUAAUCUGGAGGGUACAUUGAGGGAAGGUGGCGUCCCACAAGUUCUUCAGUUCCUAGCACCAACAGGGUCAUCAUGCAGCAAAGGCCAGCCACCAGAGUCAAAGACGCUACAACCGGUGGUUGAUCCUCAAGGAAACACUAGAAGCGUCGUGCAAGAAGAGAUUGCCAAGGAAUUUGCUGCGAUUAGGGCGGAGGGAACUAUCGGACCGAGUGAGGCUGCAACACUUGCAAUCAAGAACGUCAUGCAAAGAUACGAUUUUUCAAAUACCACCUAAAGCGUCGUACUUGGUUGCUUCUAUCUUUUGAAGAAAACAACAUUUUAAAUAUGGGUUGUGUUAAACGUACCCCUUUCUUGAAUUUUACUUGUCGUGACCCCCUUCAAAUCAUUACAUUCCCACUUUUUAAACUAAAAGACAAAAAAAAAACAUUGGUAAGACCAAAAAAAACAUUGAUUUGAUGUUUUCAGGAGAGGUCAGAAUGAAAUUUCAACUUUCAAGAAUGAGGU